UCAAGGUUCUGGCACAGAAACAAGCACGGAGCAUUUUUACACAAUAUGAAGGCAGCAUGGUAAAUAGGUCUGUCCUCACAAGUAAACAGUCGAGUACAGUAAUGUCUACAGCCAUCUACAUUGUGGUUCCAAACCUAUUUUCAAGAUAGUUUUUAAUGUCCGCACUUAUGUCACAAAUAUUUGAACACUCUUAUCUGCAGACUGUUUUCAGUACGGGGAGGAGAAUGGAGCCAGUGCUGGAAAGCAAUGGCAGAGCCCAUCGUGGUGAAGUGUAGUGGAGACAGGCAGACAGUGAACGUUUCCCCACACCUCUCGAGAUUAGUUUAAAGAAAGAAGACCAGGGGGAGGGGGCAUGCAAGAUAAAAAAAAAAAAAAAAAAAAAGUGAAGAAAUAAUUAGGGGAGAGAGAGAGAGAGAUGACAAACUAAUGCCCAUUGACAUAUUAGGCUGCCUGCUAAGCAAGUGGAUCUACAUGCCACUUGCGCUGCUGUGGUGUACCCGGACUGCUUUAAAACCACACCAGUAUUUUCUAAAACCAAGAAACAAGCGACCGGUCUCAGGAAUACACCACCCGGAGAAUGAUCCGAAAUCUGCUCUCCCGGUCACACAAGCCCAAGCACCAGCGCUUGUCAGAUGAGCUGCAGGUGAAGUACAAAGGGAACGUGGUUUCGGAGACGCAGCUUGACCAUGUCUACAUUCGUCCUGGAGGCUCCAACUACUCGAGCCCCUGUCCGGACCCUGCCACCCUGAACGCACAUGGAGAGGUAGGCUUGGCGCCAGAGCACAUCCCAACGCCAGGAGCGGCCCUCACCUGGCAGGCUGCCAUCGAUGCAGCUCGCCAGGCCAAGUUGAUGGGCACCAGCGCUCCCAUAUCCACCGUCAGCUCCACCCAACGCAAGCGUCAGAACUACGGCAAGCAGAAGAAGCAGGGCACUGCCACCACCACGCGCCCCCCUCGCGCCCUGCUCUGCCUCACACUCAAGAAUCCCAUCCGCAGAGCCUGCAUCAGCAUCGUUGAGUGGAAACCCUUUGAAAUAAUUAUUUUGCUGACUAUUUUUGCUAACUGUGUGGCCUUAGCUGUCUACAUCCCUUUCCCAGAGGACGACUCCAACGCCACCAACUCCAAUCUGGAACGGGUGGAAUAUCUCUUCCUCAUCAUUUUCACAGUGGAAGCAUUUUUAAAAGUAAUAGCCUAUGGACUUCUGUUUCACCCCAAUGGAUACCUCCGCAAUGGAUGGAAUUUACUAGAUUUUAUUAUCGUGGUGGUAGGGCUUUUCAGUGCUAUUUUAGAACAAGCAACGAAAGCAGAGGGAACGAACCCGAUAGGCGGGAAGGCAGCAGGAUUCGAUGUGAAAGCUCUCCGGGCCUUCCGAGUCUUGCGUCCUUUGAGACUGGUGUCUGGCGUUCCCAGUCUUCAGGUAGUAUUGAACUCCAUCAUUAAAGCCAUGGUGCCCCUACUGCACAUCGCCUUGCUGGUACUGUUUGUAAUCAUCAUCUACGCCAUCAUAGGACUGGAACUCUUCAUGGGCAAAAUGCACAGGACCUGCAUGUUCUUUAGAGACGGCCUAACAGGAAUGAUUGCAGAGGAGAAGCCGGCCCCCUGUGCCCCAGAUACAGCGAACGGGCGGCACUGUAAAAACAACACCAAAUGUGAGAUGGGCUGGGUUGGGCCCAAUGACGGCAUCAGCAACUUUGAUAACUUUGCCUUCGCCAUGCUCACCGUCUUUCAGUGCAUCACCAUGGAGGGCUGGACCGACGUGCUCUACCAGAUGCAGGACGCUAUGGGCUAUGAGCUCCCUUGGGUCUAUUUUGUCAGCCUGGUUAUCUUCGGAUCCUUUUUCGUUCUAAAUCUGGUUCUGGGGGUGUUGAGCGGCGAGUUCUCAAAGGAGCGCGAGAAGGCCAAGGCACGCGGAGACUUCCAGAAGCUGAGAGAGAAGCAGCAGCUGGAGGAGGAUCUGAAGGGGUACCUGGACUGGAUCACCCAGGCAGAGGACAUUGACCCCGAGAACGAGGAGGAGGGCCUGGACGAGGAGAAGCCACGCAACCUGAGCAUGCCUACCAGUGAAAAUGAAUCUGUGAACGCAGACAGGGGAGCAGCAGGGGAACUUGAAGGAGAAAACUGUUAUACUCGACUUGCAAAUAGGAUCUCCAAAUCCAAGUUCAGUCGGUACUCGCGGAGGUGGAACCGGUUUUGCCGGAGGAAGUGCCGCGCGGCUGUGAAGUCCAACGUGUUCUACUGGCUGGUGAUCUUCCUGGUGUUCCUCAACACUCUGACAAUCGCCUCCGAGCACCACAAUCAAGUCGACUGGCUCACUGAGGUUCAAGACACUGCCAACAAGGUCAUGCUGGUCCUGUUCACAGCGGAGAUGUUGCUCAAGAUGUACAGCCUGGGCCUGCAGGCCUACUUCGUGUCACUGUUCAAUCGCUUCGACAGCUUCAUCGUGUGUGGGGGCAUCCUGGAGACUAUCCUGGUGGAGACCAAGGUCAUGUCUCCGCUGGGCAUCUCUGUGCUGCGCUGCGUGCGGCUGCUCAGGAUCUUCAAGAUCACCCGGUACUGGAAUUCCCUGAGUAACCUGGUGGCAUCCCUGCUGAACUCAGUGCGCUCCAUCGCCUCCCUCCUCCUCCUGCUCUUCCUCUUUAUCAUCAUCUUCUCCCUGCUCGGCAUGCAGCUCUUCGGGGGCAAGUUCAACUUCGAUGAGACCCGGAGGAGCACCUUCGAUAACUUCCCCCAGUCCCUGCUCACUGUCUUUCAGAUCUUGACCGGAGAAGACUGGAACUCCGUGAUGUACAAUGGAAUCAUGGCCUACGGAGGACCCUCUUUCCCAGGAAUGCUGGUCUGCAUUUACUUCAUAAUCCUGUUCAUCUGCGGAAACUAUAUCCUGCUGAAUGUCUUCUUGGCCAUCGCUGUGGAUAACCUGGCAGAUGCAGAGAGUCUGACAUCGGCCCAGAAGGAGGAGGAGGAGGAGAAGGAGAGGAAGAAACUGGCCAGGACUGCCAGUCCGGAGAAAUAUCCAGACAAUGAGAAGCAACCGAUUGAAGAGGAGAAAAAAGAAGAGAAAAUCGAACUGAAAUCGAUCACGGUCGACGGAGAGACACCACCCGCAACCAAGAUCACUAUUGAUGAAUUCCCAGUGGAUGACAAUGAAGAGAAGAAUCCAUACCCUGCCAAUGACUUCCCAGGUGAUGAUGAAGAGGAGGAGCCCGAGAUGCCCAUAGGCCCACGGCCCCGUCCGCUCUCUGAAGUGCAUCUGAAGGAGAAGGCAGUCCCCAUGCCUGAGGCCCGGGCCUUCUUCGUCUUCAGCCACACUAACAAGUUCCGGAUCUCCUGCCACAAGAUAGUGAACCACAAUGUCUUCACCAACCUCAUCCUCUUCCUCAUCCUGCUCAGCAGCAUCUCCCUGGCAGCCGAGGACCCUGUGCGGAACGACUCCUUCAGGAACAAGAUCCUGGGAUAUGCCGAUUAUGUCUUCACUGGCAUCUUCACGAUAGAGAUCAUCCUGAAGAUGACUGCCUAUGGAGCUUUCCUCCACAAGGGAUCCUUCUGUCGGAACUACUUCAACAUUCUGGACCUGGUGGUGGUCAGCGUGUCUCUCAUCUCCUCCGGCAUUCAGUCCAGCGCCAUUAACGUGGUAAAGAUCCUGAGAGUCCUGAGGGUGCUGAGACCUCUGAGAGCUAUCAACAGAGCCAAGGGGCUGAAGCAUGUGGUCCAGUGUGUGUUUGUGGCUAUACGGACCAUUGGAAACAUUGUCAUCGUCACCAGUCUGCUGCAGUUCAUGUUUGCCUGUAUUGGCGUCCAGCUAUUCAAGGGGAAGUUCUACUCUUGCUCAGAUGAGUCAAAGCAGACAGAGGCGGAAUGCAGAGGAUACUACAUUGUGUACAAAGACGGGGAUGUGAGCAUGCCGGUCAAAGCAGAGCGCAAGUGGGAAAACAGCAACUUCAACUUCGAUAACGUACCGACUGGGAUGUUAGCUCUCUUCACCGUCUCCACCUUUGAGGGCUGGCCAGGUCUGCUCUACAAAGCCAUUGACUCCCAUUCGGAGGACGUGGGGCCUAUCUACAACCACCGUGUGGAGAUAUCCAUCUUUUUCAUCAUCUACAUCAUCAUCAUCGCCUUCUUCAUGAUGAACAUCUUCGUGGGCUUCGUCAUCGUCACCUUCCAGGAGCAAGGAGAGCAAGAGUACAAGAACUGUGAGCUGGACAAGAACCAGCGCCAGUGUGUGGAAUACGCCCUGAAGGCCCGUCCCCUGCGGCGCUACAUUCCCAAGAACCCCUACCAGUACAAGGUGUGGUACGUCGUCAACUCCACCUACUUCGAAUACCUCAUGUUCGUCCUCAUCCUCCUCAACACCAUCUGUCUGGCUAUGCAGCAUCAUGGCCAGUCUAUGUCCUUCAACAAUGCCAUGAAUGUGCUCAACAUGCUGUUCACAGGGCUCUUCACCGUGGAGAUGAUCCUCAAACUCAUCGCCUUUAAGCCACGGCACUAUUUUUGUGAUGCAUGGAAUACAUUUGACGCCUUAAUUGUUGUCGGUAGCGUUGUUGAUAUAGCUAUCACCGAGGUGAACCCAGCUGACUCCGCCUCGUCUUCCCACUCCUCCAUGGGGCUGCAGAACACCGAAGACAACUCCCGGAUCUCCAUCACCUUCUUCCGGCUCUUCCGGGUUAUGAGACUAGUGAAGCUGCUGUCCCGGGGAGAAGGAAUACGGACCCUGCUGUGGACCUUCAUCAAGUCUUUCCAGGCCCUGCCAUAUGUAGCUCUCCUCAUAGUGAUGCUUUUUUUCAUCUAUGCUGUGAUUGGGAUGCAGAUGUUUGGUAAGAUUGCGCUAAGGGACAACAGUCCUAUUGACAGAAACAACAACUUCCAAACCUUCCCCCAGGCUGUGCUGCUGCUCUUCAGGUGUGCCACAGGAGAGGCCUGGCAGGAGAUCAUGCUGGCCUGUAAACCCCCACGUCCUUGUGAGAGCGGCUCGGAGCCGGGACACAGCAGCGAGGAGAACUGUGGCAGCCACUUCGCCAUCUUCUACUUCGUCAGCUUCUACAUGCUCUGCGCCUUCUUGAUCAUUAACCUCUUUGUGGCUGUCAUCAUGGAUAACUUUGACUACCUGACGAGAGACUGGUCAAUCCUCGGACCCCACCACCUAGACGAGUUCAAGAGGAUCUGGGCUGAAUACGACCCGGAAGCAAAGGGAAGGAUAAAACAUUUGGAUGUGGUGACUCUGCUGCGGAGAAUCCAGCCCCCCCUGGGUUUCGGGAAGCUGUGUCCUCACAGAGUUGCCUGCAAGCGGCUCGUCUCCAUGAACAUGCCUCUCAACAGUGACGGCACAGUCAUGUUUAAUGCUACCCUCUUUGCUUUAGUACGAACUGCACUACGGAUAAAAACUGAAGGUAACCUGGACCAGGCCAAUGAGGAGCUCAGAGCAAUCAUUAAGAAAAUCUGGAAAAGGACCAGCAUGAAGCUCCUGGACCAAGUGGUGCCACCAGCAGGAGAUGAUGAAGUCACGGUUGGGAAAUUUUAUGCCACCUUCCUGAUCCAGGAGUAUUUCCGAAAGUUUAAGAAGCGUAAGGAGCAGGGGCUGGUCGGGAAGCCCUCUCAGAAAAAUUCUCUGUCCUUGCAGGCUGGCCUGCGCACUCUGCAUGACAUCGGGCCGGAGAUCCGCAGAGCGAUAUCUGGGGACCUGACCGUGGAGGAGGAGCUUGAGAAGGCCAUGAAGGAGACCGUGAUGGCUGUGUCGGAGGACGAUAUCUCCAGGAGAGCUGUUGGCUUGUUUGGUAACCAUGUCAACUAUUACCAGAGCGAUGGACGAAACACCUUCCCGCAAUCCUUCACUACCCAGCGGCCCUUGCACAUCAGCAAGGAGGGAUGCAGCCCAGGAGACCUGGAAUCUCCAUCCAACGAGAAGCUGGUCGACUCCACCUUCACCCCUAGCAGCUACUCCUCGCCAGGCUCCAACGCCAACAUCAACAACGCCAACAACACAGCUAUUGGCUGCUUCUCUAGCCCUGCCACCUACCAGAGCAGCGUAACCACCGUGGAUGGGCCAGGUGCCCCCCUGACAGCCAGCUUGCGGGCGGCGGCCUGGCAACUCAGCUCCAAGAGGACACGUUAUGAAACCAUUGCACGCUCUGACUCCGGAGAUAGCCGUCUGCCAAUCAUCCGCCGGGAAGAGGCGUCUCCCGAUGAGACGUUCGACGAGAACUUCAACGAUAAUGCUGUGUACUUCAGCGAGCAGAGCAUGCUGUCCACUGAGAUGCUGGCAUACGAAGAUGAGGAGAACAAACAGCUAACGCCCAUGGAGCAGGGCGAUGGGAAGGAGCACAUGAAGGUCUGGCAGUCCCCAACAAGAGCCUUCCUAUGCCCAAAAGCAUUGGGGAGAAGAUCAUCCUUUCAUCUAGAGUGUUUAAAGAGGCAGAGGAGCCAUGCAACAGACAUGUCCCAAAACACUGCACUGCCCCUUCAUCUUGUACAUCAUCAGGCCUUAGCGGUGGCAGGACUCAGCCCCCUAAUGCGCAGGAGCCACUCCCCCACUUUGUUCAGCCACCUGUGCUCCACGCCACCCGCCACGCCCUGCACCCAGGGCCAUUCCUAUCAGCGCAUGCCCACCCUGCGAUUGGAGACCACCAGCUCCCACGAGAAGCUCAACAGCAGCCUGCCCUCGGUGAACUGCGGCUCCUGGUUCGCAGACAGCGCUAACAGUAACCCGCAGCGGGUACGGCCAGUCUCACUCACCGUGCCCAGCCAGUGCAGGGACUCAGCACUGCAGAGCCACGGCAGUGCGUGCAGCCUGGUCGAGGCGGUUCUGAUCUCAGAAGGACUGGGCCGGUAUGCCCACGACCCCACCUUCAUCGAGGUGACCAAGCAGGAGAUAGCUGAUGCCUGUGACAUGACGAUAGAGGAGAUGGAGAACGCUGCUGAAAACAUCCUCAACGGGAACAGCCAGCCCAGCCCGAACGGCAACCUCCUGCCCUUCAUCACCUGCAGGGACCAGGGAGCUCGGGGAGAGCAGAGCGGACUGGAGGAGGAAGAGCAGGGGGAGCAGCGAGACUGUGGGGUAGCCGAUGAGGGCCUCAACGACAUGGUUUAUGACAGCAGGUUGUAGAGAGAGGGCUUCAAGUGGCUCGGGGCUUCUCUAUUUUUCCUCUGCUUUUUAUGUUAUGGGUUUGUUUCAGAAGUGCCUCACAGUUGUUGUGCUCUUGAAGGUGGAGAGGGGGAGGGCUGACUGAGGGGGGAGGAGGAGAAUGUCUGGUUUAUUUAUUUUUUGUCAAUGAGGAAGGUACCAAAUCAGCUCUUGGAGAGUUCAGGAGUUUGUUUUUUGGCCGAGGUGCCACUUCUGGAAGCUGCACAUUCUGUACAAGAACCUGUUUUUCCUUCAGAGCUGCAGCAGUAUAGACACUUUCAACAGAUUAAAAGAAAAAAAAAAACAAUGGAAGAUUCAGCCCCCCCCUUCUCCCAGCAUCGUAUCAAAUAAAGGUCCUCGGAGGAGGGGGUAAGGGGCUGCUGCCUCAUGCUUUCUGAAUCACUCCCUGUUGCUGUUUCUAAGGCAACACACCCUUUGUCAGAGGGGCCUACCAAGGCAAAAGGGACAGCGUGUUGUGCUGCCAAAUACCUCGACUUUAAUCAUUUUCUAUUUUGGUUUGUUCUCUUUUGUUUUGUGAAAUCAGCUUUUGCAGCCAACUGCCUUGGCGGGAUUGAGUGACAAGAGAAGUUGGGAAAGGGUAAGGAGAAGGGUAGGGGGUGGAGAUGAAGCUGUAUGAUUGGCCUGAAUCUAUGCUGCAAACCCAUGUGAUUGGAGAAUGUAUGGUCUUACCAACCAAUCUGGGGGCACGCAGCCAGACUUGCAUAACAUUAAACAACUGAAUUUUUGGUUUAUGGAUAUGUGUGUGUGUGUGUACAGACUGGUUGGCAAUGCCAUCUUUGCAAGUUGUUGGUAUCAGUUUUCUAUUUUUGUUUCAUUUUAACAUCAACGCUGCUUUGUUCUAUAAAAGACAAUGGUUAUUUUUCAUUUAGUUAACAGUUAAAGUGUCACACUUAUUAGAACAGAAUACUAAGAGAAGUUUACAUAAGCGCUUUCCACCUGCCCCCAUCCCAGAAGACUUGCACCAUGUAGCUAGUAUUGUGUGUUUGAAAACAAUGUCAAACCCUAUUAUAAAACUAAUGUGCCAUAUUUGCAGUUUGUGGCAUGUAUGGUUGUGUGAAAGUUCAGAUGUAAACUCAUUCUGUAUGUACACGUUAUCUGUGUUUGGUGUGAGUGUGCAUGCAUGAGGUUUGGAUUGGGGCGGUGCGUUCCACAAGAUAUGCAAAAACAAUGCAAUAACAUUUGGGACUGUAUACAAGUCUCAAAAAAUCAACUGUAUAAAAAAAUGAAGAAAAAAAAACUAUUAUAGAUAAUAUAUACUCAGAGUAAUUGUUUUAUUGAGUUGCAAAUCUUUUCAUUGAAAACCCUGUUAUACUUGAAAUCAGGUGCGUUUCAGUAUUUUAAAAAAUGAUCUUGUGCCAAGCAAUUCUUUUUCUUAUAAUUACUGAAUAUUAUUAAUAUUAUAGUUAUGUUUAUUUAACUCACUAGUUGUAUAUUUGAUGCAUGAGAUUCAUUUUAGUAUUUUAGUGUGCCAAGUUAUACCUUUGGACGUUUAAGUGAUCUUACCUGUUGAGGGGAGAGAAAUAAAGGUGGUUCUUUUUUGGAGGGUUUCUUUUUUUUUUUUGUAAAGUGACAAAAGAAAAUACAUUUACAUAUUGUAGCUACUUAAAAAAAAAAAAAACACACACAACACUAUGGACAUGUUUUAUAUAAACUGAUUUUGCAUAUCUUGUGUUCAUCUAGUUUCAGGUUUUAAGUUUCUGUCUUCUAGAACUUUUUCUACUCAUUAGUGUCCUUGCUGUAGAUCAAGGACAGGGUGUCCAUUUUUGUGUGGGGUUGAAGGAGUCAAUCUGGAGGAAGGACAGCUACACGAGAAUCUGCUUGCCAUACCUCCAAUCGCUUUGGUGGCAGACAAGAGAUUAUAAACAUUCAGUCUAUGGGCUGAAUUUUGAUCAGAAGAAGCAGAGCAGACUCCCAUACCAUCUGCACCACUCUCAGCAGUCCAGCUGUCUUCCAGGUUUGCCUUUGUCUAGCUCGGACGGCACCUGUGUUUACCUGCAUUUAAAGGGCCAGUGCAUACAGCUGUAGAUAUUUCCAUUAUGAAUUAAUCAGUCAGAUGUCACAAUUUACUAACCAGAAAUACAGCUGGAAAACAAAUAACUUUGACUUUUUUUAUUGUUUGUGAAAAUGUUAAAAUUAGUGAUUGCAACGGUUUAUAACCUCUUUAAACUGCCGUUUUGCAUACCGACAGAGUUGUUAAAGCAAAUCUAGCAUAAUAUAUAUUUUUUUAUGAUCAGUUGUUUAAUUGUGAUUGUUUUUCUCAAUAACUUCAGUUAAUUAUCCAAUCUUUUUACAAUGACCUCUUUCAGAUUUAUUAGAGGUGCGUCUGAUUUUGUACUGGUAUGCUUUUUAAAACUGAAUCUAAAUUAUUUUAAAUAGAUUGAUUUUAUUUCAAUACCAAAAAAAAAUCAAUCUACUACUUACGGUUAUAAAAAAAAUUAAAUUGAACAGUAGUUUUGUCAAAGUCUUGUGUGCUGGCCCUUUUAAAUACAGGUCAACACAGAAGCUGUUUAGCCAGACAAAUGCAAACUUGGAAGAUAGCAGCUUUGCUGGGUUCUACUGAGAGUGCUGUUCAUGGUAUUCAGUGUUCAUGUGCAGUCUUGCUCGAUCUUCUAAAUUUGGCCCUAUAGAUUCUAAAUAGGAAGUCAAUCACAUAUACUGAAAUUGAGGGCCUCACCAUGGACUCUCAUAAUUGGCAGCUCAUUAGUGGUGUCUACGAGGGUCCAGGCAUUAUGUAUAUGAAUUAAGUCUCUCUCAUAGCCUCAUUUAAGCCAGGGUUACUGUACUUCUGCCAUUGUAUCUCUCUCUUGUGUAGGAUUCUUGUGUGUUUUGUUCGGCCAUCGUUAUUUGUAUCCUUUGUGCUUUAUCCAUGAUGGUACAACCAAUUGUACAAACCCUGAAAAUGUAGACAGAUGUUCUCACAAUAAUUUGAAUGUUUGUCUGAUUUUAUGACUGCUGUAUUCUUUGUACUGUGUCCAGUGAGAGAAGACUAAUCUGCUCUGGUCUGCCUGCACUUUGCAUCUGAAGAAUAAUGAGGCUCUCUCUCUGUGCCAGACAGUGGCCCUUGAGUGCGUGAACUCUUCCUGGUGACAAGUUCAAGUGCGUCUCACGUACCUAAAAGAUGGAUUUUGGAAUAAGGGCCUCAGCUUUUUAGCCAUACAUUGUUAUUGUAAAUGAAAAUAAUUUAGCAGUUCAAGGGAGUUUAGUAACCCAUUCAAAUAUAGAGAGAAUAAAAGUAUUUGUAAUUGAAGCAGAAAAUAAAAUAGAAAAUCACACAGAACGGAAUAACUGAAAACAUACAAUCUGUUUUGGGACUUUAAGUGAACGGUUUCUGCUUGUUAUUAGUUGCUUAACAGUUGCUUGAUAUUUCAAGCCCAGACCGAGAUUCCUUUGUAGCAAAAAUGUUGUCCAUCACAGUCCCGACGCACAGCAUCCUGUGCAAAGGCUUUCUUAUACCUGCUUUUCCUGCAUCUAUCCUUCACCCUCCUGUCGAGGUGUUCUCGGUGCAGGAUGUAAUUCAAACACUGCUGAACCGUUCACCGCAAUAGAAAUAGACUUCAGAAAUGCGCUCUGUUCUCCAGUUGUCAAGAGCCAUUCUAUUUUUGAGCACAGUCUUUUUUUUGGAUAAUGGGGACAGGUUUAAGUAGUUUUGACAAUUAUAAAUAUAUGUAUUCUGGGCUAAUUUAUAAAGCUUUGAUUGUAUAUUUUUAUAUGAAAUUAUAAAGUAAUGAUCACCAAGGCUUAAAAAUAGAUUUUCUUACCACUUGUUAGAAUUAUGUACAACUGUAUUUAAAAAAUAUACAAAUAUUGUGGAUAUGCAGAUUUUUUAAUACCAUAAUGUAGCGAAAUAAAAUCUGUGCUCCCUUAUAAUUGGUACCAAUCACUUGAUGUGAUAAAGGUCAUUUUUCGUCACCUUGCCAAACGCCUUACUCCGGUAGACCAUGUGAGCACGUCUGACACAGGAAGUAAAACUGUACCAUGAAGAGAAAUAUAAGGAAAACUAUUCGCAUAACUCCAAUUAAUGUAAAGAAAUAAAAAAAUAACAAAAGUAUCUGUAAAGUAAGGAACAAUAUUUUAAAGCCUUGGUUAUCUCUACUUUCAAUUAUUUUUUAAGUCACAAUACAGCAUUCCCAGAUGAAAACUGUGUUUUGUUAUUUUAUGAGAAAUUCCUACUGAAUAUACAGUAGAAGGCGGCAUUUUUUUUCCAUUAUUGUUUAGCCUCACCUACCUGCCAGUGUAGGAAAUGUGGAUUAUGGGAAACAUAGUUCUUUAAGAUUGAAUAGUCAAAAAAACAAAAACAAAAAAAAACUACAGCUACCACUGUCCUGUGCAGUGUGGAGAACAUUGCUAGUCAGAAUUUAGGCAAGGGGGUGAGACAGACCUCCCUUUGAUCACUUUGAUGGUAUGUUUUAUUGCAGGUUUUUUUUUGUUUGUUUGUUUUUUUUUAAAUCUGUGUUUACCUUCGAGGGAAAUAAUAAAAAAAAUUAAUUUACAAUAACGAAUUCCAGGAAAAUCAGCAGUUGUAAUCUGGGAGUGCUGCUAUAGAUGUUUUUAUGGUCCAUGUGACUUGCUUUUGUCAUAUCUGAAAACACUUCUGCACUAACACUUUGCUAGUUUUAGUCAUUUUUUAAAAAUAAAUAUUAUGCCAAAAGGAAAAUACAAUGGAGUUGUUUUCUUCACUGUACUUUAAUCCUACAUUAAGGUAGCUAAAAUGGUAAUAGCAGGGCAGUGUGGCUUGUGUCUGAAUUAAGGUUUCUUUAGUGGAAAUGUGCUAGCUGGCAAAACCUUGUAGUUAUAACCUCCAAGUGUCAAGCUUGGAUACUAGUAUCUAACAUUAAAAUGAAUAGCAGUUCGCUAUUUUGACUAUUGUAAGCCCUUUGUCUGUAAUAUAACUUCUACUGCCACAGAUAUACAGAUCUACAGAACAUGUACCACUGAGAGAAAUAAACCUCUUAUCUGCCUGUGUUAGUGAGGGUCCAGGCAUUGUUAUUGUUAUAUUGGGCCACGAUUACCCAAAUGUAAAUACUAAAUUAUUGAUUUCAGUGAAGAAUAUUUCUUCUUAGUCUUUUGGGAGAGUUUACUGUGAUUGUGGUGGUGGUGUUGUUGGUAGGCCUCGAGUUAAAAACAUAAUUCAAGGCCUACUACAAGUCGCGAAGACAAACAAAUGGAAAUCAAAAGUAAAAAAGGAGGCAGCAUACGGUACAGUAUAUACUAGAAAUAUAUCUGCUUGUGCUAAACUGCGGGGGUUGUGGAUGUUAAGCUCAGUACAGUGGAUGAAAUUCACAAAACUGUGUGUGUGUGUUUUUUAUCAUCACUGUGUGUUGUAUGUGUGAGCUGUUCACAUCACUUUGGAUUCAUGCCACUUGGUAAAAUGCCAGAGUUUCACAUUGUUAAUGGAAUGAAAGUGGGAGUAAUGGAUGAAUGGAUUUGGUUAAUCGCUGAAGGGCACACUUUGGUUAGUGACUAUUUUUAUUCACUCUGUUAAACAGGUAGUCAGUGUUGAACCCCUUCAUUUAAGUUAAAUAGCCCAGUUUAAUGGUUUAUCAAAUUAAAUGGCAUUUAAGAGUCUUAAGGUGUCAUUUUUACAGAAAGUGUGAUUAUAGCAUACUUUUUUUUUUACCUUACUACAUUAGUGUUACAAUAUAGAACACCCUGCAGUAUGUAAGAAGAAAUGCAUUAUGUUACUUUUGCUGUGUCCCAUGUUGUCCAUAUCUUAGCGUCAUGUUUUUAAACAUAAUUGUAU